AUGGCGGGGCGACCUCCCGGGGAGGGGGGGGGGGUACCCCUGGGCGGCCCCGGCGGCGGGGAGAGCGGGCGCGGGGGAGUCCCGCCGAACUACAGAUCCCACAAGGCCAACGGCGGCCUCUCGCCGCCCGCCAACGCCGCCCGUCGCGGCCGCACCGGAACUACGCGGACCACAAUGCACCGCGGCGGCGGCGCCGCGCCGGAACUACCCGCCCCACACUGCGCUGCGCCCCCGCCCCCGCCGACUGCGGCCACCACCCCCCGCGCCCCGCCCUCGGCAUGCUCCGCCCCCCGCUCCCGUGGGGCGCCGCGCGGCGGUCUCGCGAGAGGCGGCUGGGCGGGAAGGCGGCGGGGCCGUUACUCCGUCAUGGCCGACAGCUGGCCGCGGGUCCGCCGCGGGGCCAGGCGUAGCGGCCGCUACCCAACGCGGGCCGCUGUGAAGACUGUAUCCGAUUCAGGGACAAAUUCUGGCAGAAGCACCUUGGUGAAGCAGAGACCGACUGUGUUCCCUGAUCUUGACAAUGACACGCCACGGAUUAUGCUCAAGAGAAUCAUCCAGACCCAACCACAAGUUUCACCUCUAGCACCUCAGAUAUCUAAACAUGAAGAAACAGAAGAAGCUCCACCAGAACUCCCAUCUAAGAGGGUGUCCAGCAUGGUGGAAAUGCAACUGCCAGACCUUGUUCCUGAGGAGACAUCUAUUGCCACGUUCCAUAUGACUAAGAAGAGAAAGAAACUCAGCAUUUCUGAAUUUGAGAGAGCAGCAGACAAACGACUUCCCCAGAACCAAGCUCAGUCAAUGUUGGACAGCACUGCUUUGGCUCGAUCUCUUCGCCUGUCUCUUGGUUCCUUGAUCCCACCAGACACUGUUGAAAAGAGAGGCUUGCUCCGGAGGCCAAAAAAUCGCAAAGCUAUUGACAUGGAAGCUUUUGAAGGUGGAGUGGAACAGAACAUGCUGAAAAGAAAAGCACAGAACUAUCUUGUGGACUCAGAAACAGCAUCUGGGAUUCCAACAGCCAUGCUGGCAAGUGAUGCGGAAAUCAUGCUGAGUAACACAGAGCUCUUUGUUCAGCCUCAGUUUGAUGAACAGAGCCACAAUAAGCUUUCUGCUCUUGAACCACAGCUAUCAGAUUCAAAAACUUCAGCACAGACAAGCAAGAUUUCUGAUGCAGCUCAAGAGGAAGCAAGGCUGGUGGGCCUGGUAUCCAGUGUGGGCACAAAUGAGGGAGGGACCCGAAGAUACUCUGCGGACUUAAUCCUUGAUCAUGAGCAUGUUGACAGAAUGACUCAUGUAUCUCCAAAAACACCUGCAAACCAGCAAGAAGAUAAGCAAGAUCAUUCCCAGCAGAGUAACCCAAUGGAACAGCUUUCUGUUUUGGAAGAGGUGGUGGCUGGCACUGCAGAGCAUCGUGCAAGUGCUGGAUAUUCUGAACAUUUGGAGAAGAAACUGACCAAAAAAGCAGAAUUGCAGAUAACUACAGUAGAGGAUGCCAGAGUUGAAACAGAAAUGGCCCCUUCGGAAGAAGAGGGAAUAGCAGAAGGCAGUGUUGAACACCAAGGCUCUCCCAAAGCUGAACGUGAGAUUGCCAAAGGUGUUGGAGCUGGAAGUCUGGGCAGGCAUUCUCAUGCUUUUUCCUCCUCUGAAAAAUCUGGGAUGGGGCCAUUAAAGGAAGCUGUUGAACAAGCAGAUGAACUAGAAGACCAGGUUAUCACAGUAGAAUUGGAUGGUCCAGAAGAAGAGCCUACUGUGAAUGAAACUGAAGACCCUGAGAGUGAUGAGGUUUCCAUGAAGACACCCACGUUUGUCCGUGCUGCAGCCUACAAGCCACUGCUGUCAACUCCGCGUCCUGUAAAACCUGCUUCUCCCAAGUCUCCCCUGCAACCGCUGCGGGCCAAGCCAAUUCCAAAGAGCUCGGGAGCGACACGGAGGAAAACGAGUAAGCCUGAAGUAGCAAGUAGUUUGAUAAAGAAGAUAUUUAGCCAUUAUGUGAAAAUGCCAGUGGCCAGAGAUGCAUACAAAAUUGUUGAAAAAUGCUGUGAGAGAUACUUCAAGCAGCUAAGCAGCGAUCUGGAAGCUUACACCAACCAUGCAGGGAGGAAGACAGUGGAGAUGGCUGACCUGGAGGUCCUCAUGAGAAGACAAGGGCUGGUGACAGACAAGAUGCCGUUGCAUGUGCUGAUAGAACGUUACCUCCCUCUGGAGUACAGGAAGCUCCUGAUUCCGGUUGCUGUGAGUGGAAAUAAAGUGUUCCCCUGCAAAUGAAUGUGCCCCUCUGGCAGCAAUGGCCCCUGUGGGUGGGAAGACGGUCUGCUCGCAGAGGCUGGCUGGACGCUGUUCUGUGGAACUGCUCCAUGUGCGGGUUUCCCACAAGGAACUGAUAGGGCAAUAAACAGUUGACAUUCUCUUGAACUGACGCAGGCUGUGCUGUGGCUAUCAGGCCAGCCUGCUGGAUCUCACCAACUAUUGUUACAAGACAUUUGACGAACCUGAAUUUUUUUACGUUACCUUUGAAUACUUGUACAGCUCUGAUAAAUAAAAUAUGUAUUCUGCGUGA